AUGGAGUCCCUCAAUGCCCAAGGCAAUGGUGACCAAUACCCUGGAAAACCUGAACUGAAAAUCAUCCUUGUUGGUAAAACAGGAGCUGGGAAAAGUGCAACAGGGAACACCAUCCUGGGCCAGAAAGUGUUUGACUCCAAACUCAGUGCGAAGCCAGUAACCGAGAAAUGUGUUAAAGGGAGCAGGCGCUGGAAUGGGAGGGAGGUGGUGGUUAUCGAUACUUCUGCCAUUUUGGACACAAAGGUACCUGAUGAAAAUACCUCCCGGGAGAUCUGUCGCUGUAUUGUGCUCUCCUCUCCAGGCCCCCAUGCCCUGGUGCUGGUGACCCAGUUGGGCCGUUACACUGAGGAAGACACGGAUGCAGUGCGGCGAGUGCAAGAGAUUUUUGGAGUUGAGGUAAUGAAACAUGUCAUUAUCUUAUUCACCCGAAAGGAAGAUUUAGGGGAUGGCUCAUUGAGUGACUAUGUAACACAUCCAGAUAACAGAGAUCUUCAAAGGCUGAUUGAUGAGUGUGGGAACCGAUACUGCGCUUUCAACAACAAAGCAACAGGAGCAGAACAGGAUGCCCAGGUUGAGGGGCUGAUGGGACUGAUGGAGAGAAUGGUACAAGAGGUUGAUAUACAAAUGAGAUAUACAAAUGGAGGUCGAUAUACAAAUGAGACUUACCAAUAUGUUGAGAAGAUGCUCCAAUUAAAAAUGGAUGAGUUACAGAAAAUUUACAAAGAAGAGAUGGAAAGAAAGAGAGAAGAAAUAAUACAGUGCUUUACAGAGAAGUGUACGAAGAUAAAGAAAGAGUCAAACCUGAGAGAAGAGGAAUUAAAAGAAAAACUUGAAAAACAGGAGAAGGUUAAAGAAGAUGCUUUCCUGCAGCUGAAGCACAUGGAACAAAAAGAAAUGGAAGCCAUGGAGCAAAAGCUGCUGAAAGAGUUGGAAGGAAUCCAGAAAAGUUAUGAGGAAAAACAAAAACAAAUCAGAGAAGAAGCUGAGAGUAGUUAUAGCAUAGUCUGGCUAGAGAUGCCCAUGUCAUCAGUGUCUGCCAGGGCCAGGUUCUCCAUCGCCCUGAGCUUGUCUAGACUCUCCCCAGGCCUAGGCAUGGGGUCGGCAUCGGACACCGUGAUGGCUUUAAGCUUCCGAUAG